UACGUUGCGUUAUAUAAACGCGAAGCUUAAGUGGAACUGUAUCAAACUGAAACACGCACUCCAAUCAGUAACAACCAAAUACACCACAAUGUUCUUCAAAUACGCAAUCUUCGCCUCUUUGGCAGUGAUUAUUUCAUGCGACGUCUCACACCUUCAAAAACCAUCCACGCAUUUGCUAACACCUUUUGCGCUUAACAAACCUACGGUUCGUAACGUCAAUGCUUUCCAACGACGACCAGUGUAUUACACCACAGCAGCUCCAAUUCACUACAAGACCCAAGAACCCAAUGUACAGAUUAAGAAACACGAAUCUGAAAUUCAAAAAGAUGGAUCCUACAAAUACUCUUACGAAACUGGAAACGGAAUUGCGGCUUACGAAGAUGGUUACGCCUUCCCAGUAGGACAAAAUCAAGUCUCCACAGUUGCUCAAGGAUCUUUCCAAUGGACUUCUCCUGAAGGAAAACAAGUUCUGAUCUCGUAUGUCGCUGAUGAAAAUGGUUACCGUCCAGAAGGAGAUUUACCAACUCCUCCACCAAUUCCAGCUGCCAUCCAAAAAGCCCUUGAUUGGAUCGCCGCUCACCCUCAGAAAUCAGAGCAACAAAAGAGGUUUUAA